UUAGCUUAUCUUUUUAUGGCGGCAAUGAUAUUCCAAUAUAGUGGCACAACAAGAUGCGGUCUACUCUAAGGCUCUUUCUUCUCUGCCAAGAGGAGGUGAGGAGGAGGCCUGGCCUGUGCCUUGAAGAGGGUUUUUGCUGCAUGGCCUGACUCAUCAUCAGACGAUGGCAAAUCCAUGGCAGAAAGCCCAAGGCUUUGUGCUGUACACUUGGGGGAGUCCCCACAACUGUCUGUCGCCGCUUCUGGACAAAUCUGCCACGCCAAUAAUGCAUGGGAGCUAGUAAACCAGACAAUCCCUUGUUAAGCGUAUAGCCCCAAUUUCUAUUUAUUUUUCAACUCCCUCAUUCCUCUCCCCACUGUAUUUCUCUUCCUUUCCCCCCACCCCCUCUCUCUUUUUUCCCUUCUCUCCUAGAAAGCCAUAUGCCUUUCCUUUCUCGCUUGUUUACGCUCCCCGAUCCCUCCUCUUUUUGGAUUUUCUCAGCUUUUUUAAACGUCUCCUUGCAGCUUCCCCUCAUCCCUUGAGCCUCCAAUUUAUUGCGAUGAUAUCCGCAUCUCCUUCCAAUGGCAUCAGGGCAUUAAAUGUGGUGCCUUCUUCGGUACCUCUAGCUUGAGAAGCUUGUCUGCGCAAAAGGCAACCACAGAGUACAAAAUUCUCAACAGGGAAGGGGGAAAAAGGGAGGGUAGGGAGAGCGGCUUGCUGUUUGUCCUCUGCCACCAUUAUUAAUUGAAAGGGGAGCUCCACCAAUACCCGAAUGUUAGGCAGGGAAUUGAAGGCCUUACUCAGGAGACCUGUCACUUGAAGAAGCAGGAAUUUGAGCCCCAUGGAGAGACUCCAAGGACCCAUCAUCAAUCCUUGUAUAUUCGGAGAUAAUCAUCAGAAUGUGGAGUGCUACGAAGGCGGCCAUGCUCUAGACUUGAGCUAUGGGGGAGGAUGGGGACCCAUCUUGAGCACAGACUCGCUGAGAGUUGGAGAUAGGAUGCCGAACAUGGCGUUUCUACAGAUGCUAGAAGGAGGAAGGCCACCGCCACUGGCCACAUUGGUUCCCACAGAACCCAACUUCUCCUUCUUGCUCGCUCUGCAGAAGCAGCAGGAGAUGGACGCAAGAGUUCAGGUCAUGGAGCUCGAGAGCUGCAUCACUCACGUCUCUGAGACUCAUUCGCCGGUGAAAUCGGAGACGAGGGAGCAGCUACCCCCACAGUCGUCCAACGAGGACCCGGGGUCGCCGAUGACCGGCAAGGACGGGACAUCCGGCUCUUCGUCUUGGAAGGCCGGUGGCCCUAUGCAGGAGGCCACGGCAAAGCCGCCCGUGGUUAGGGAAAGGAAGAAGAGGAAGAGGUCGAAGCCGAGCAAGAACAGUGAGGAGGUGGAGAGCCAGAGAAUGACGCAUAUUGCUGUGGAGAGGAACAGGAGGAAGCAGAUGAACGAACACCUCAAUGCUCUCCGGGCCCUCAUGCCGCCUUCAUACAUACAGAGAGGAGACCAGGCCUCGAUCAUAGGUGGUGCCAUCGAUUUCGUGAAGGAGUUGGAGCAGCUCUUGCAGUCACUUCAAGCACAGAAGAGGAGAAGACAGACUGAGGAGGGAUACAGCCCCGACUCGGCAGUUCCUUUCAAUGGCUUCUUCAUGUCACCUCAGUAUACGACGUACUCCUCUCAAUGCAACAGCUACAAGUACCUCAUGGAUAGCUUUGCCGAUCGCGGGGGCAACGAGUUCACAGCAGAGAACAAGUCGGCCGUCGCUGACAUUGAGGUCACGCUGAUCCAAACUCACGCCAACCUCAAGGUCCUCUCUCGCAGGCGGCCCGGCCAGCUCCUCAAAGCCAUUGCUGCACUUGAAGAACUCGACCUCGCCAUCCUUCACCUCAACGUCACCACUGUUGAUGGCUCCGUCCUCUACUGUUUCAACCUCAAGAUUGAAGAAGAAUGUAAACUCGGGUCAGCGGAUGAGAUCGCAACGGCGGUUCACCAGAUCUUUAGCUACAUAAACGGAAACUAGCUACUUAACUCGUGCAGUGGUUGUAAUUUUUUCCUUCUUCGUUUCCCGUUAUCUGUGAAAGGGUCGGAGCUAGUGAAAUUGAUCUCAGGAAGAAGCAUGAACUAACUGUUCUUUUGGGAGAGAGAAGGAAGAGAAUAUAGGAAGAGAGGCUGUUGCUGCAGCCCAUGCAGACGUUCGUGAUCUGUAUCAUUAUUCUUUCCUUCUCCUUUUCACUAAUUUGUAUGCUCAUGCCGUUGAUUAAUAUUCAACAUUUACUGAUCAUGAUUGGCCA